GCGUGUACGUGUAUCAGUGUGUGAGUGUGUGUGUGCGUGUGGGACUGAUCCGUUCGAUCUGCGUUAGCGUCGGCGUCGACGUUUCGUGUUACGAGCUCGAGCCGCGUCCUCAAAGAACCGAAACCCACAGAACAGACACAAAUACAAGAGACAAGAGACGGAGCCAGAUCCAGAGCGGACUCUUCCUCUUCUGUUUCCUUUCGUGCGCUUUGUUUCAGGCACGUAAUCUCGUCGUUGGCUAAACCGUAUAAUCAACCUGCUGCUGUUGCCGCUGCUGCUGAUCCACGAUUAAAAACCAAGGGUUAAAGCCACAGAAAGGCCGCGCGUUACUCAAAAGAAAUAAAACUAUUAUAAUAAUAAAGCAUUUUAGGCUGCUGAGAGAGCACCUGAAUCUAAAUCUGAAUCUGAAACUGGCGGUGCAAUUCCUGCUUUUCUCGGCUUGCCUGCGCCUCCGUGUUCAAUCAAGAUUAUGCGUCUAAUUUGAGGCUGUAAUUAAUUUGGAUACCCUAAUAAAAAAAACAAAAGAGGCAGACGAAAGAACAACAAAGUAUAAUAAAAUAAAAAAGAAGCAAAACUAAGCGGCUACUUCUCCCAUUUUCGGGGCGUUGUAAUCCCCGCAUUGCGGCCGAUACGCGGCGCUAUUUUAUUACCCACCGAUGCCUACGCAAUAUGGAACUAGCGAUUUGUAAAACAGACUUGCCCACCACGAAAUUUAUGCUGCCGCCCCCGCUGCCAACUGCAGCAGCAAUUGCAACAACAACAGCAACAACACACUCGUCGAGUGCAGCAGUGACGGCCUCAUUCCUGGACAAAGCGGCCCAGCUUAACGAGUUAUUUAAUCUCAACGCCGGUCAUUUGUUCAGAGCCAGCAACAGCAACAGCAACGGCAACCACAAUAGCAACAGUCCGUGCCAUAAUUUAAGCAACACCCCAACAGCAACACCAGUUCUUAGCAACGCCAGUGGCACUCUCAACACCACCAACAACAACACCAACAACUGCAACAAUAGUAGCAACAGCAAUAUGAGAUUGAAAAAGAAUCGCAAAGUGACAUUUCUAUCCAGUCUAGUUGAGUCCGAAAAUAUAUACAUUAAGGAGGAGCCAGGCUGCAAGGAUUUGCGUCCACCCCUAUGCAGUUUAUCGGAUAUUUCAGAUCAUGACACCUCAAUUGAUAUACCCACAGCGUUGCCGCCAUUAACACCAGGCACAAAUCAUAAGGUUAGCCAGGUGCUGAAGGCCUCAUUUGCCUCAUGGGAGAAGGAGGUGCAGAACUGUAAUAUUACCAAAGAUCCACGCGAAUGGACGGAGGAGCAUGUCAUUUAUUGGCUAAAUUGGGCUAAAAAUGAAUUCUCAUUGGUCUCAAUGAACCUGGAGCCCUUCUACAAAAUGAAGGGCCGUGAAAUGGUUGAGCUAGGCAAGGAGAAAUUUCUGGCCAUAACACCGGCAUUUACGGGUGAUAUUCUAUGGGAACAUUUGGAUAUUUUACAAAAAGAUUGUGAAAAACCAAAUGAGGACAUUGUGCAUGCGAAUUCCUUUGAGUCCGCAACUACAGCCUCGGUCUGUGGAUCGGACCAUCAAGUAGCGAGUUAUUUAGGCAAUACAGUGAAUUCGGCAGCAGCAGCAACAACACCAGCAACAGUGCCUGGCAACAAUGCCAAUAAUAAUAAUAAUAACAACAACAACAACCCAUCGAAUCGCUUGUCCAUUGAUUAUGGCCCAACAACAGCGACCAGUGAUAAGAGAAAUUUCCAUUCACCCUCCAUGCAACAACACAGCGGCUAUAGCAAUAAUGCGCAUGAUCGCUCCCAGACUAGCCCGCCACCGCAGCAACAGAGUCAGCAGAAUGGCAACAACAAUUCAAUGCUGCCGCCUGCUGUGCAAAACUCGGCCAGUCAGGGCAACAGUAACAGCAACAACAACAACAACAAUAGCGGCAAUAGCAGCAGCAGCAACAACAACAGCGGCGGCGCUAAUGCGGGCAGUAACAACAACAACAACAACAAUAAUAAUAACAACAACAACAGCAACAUCAACUACAUGCAAAUGGCAGCAGCCGCUGCCGCAAUCUACACACAACAUCAGCUUAAAGAGGAGCCGGGCACACAAAAUCCCAACAACAGCAGCAGCAGCAACAACAACAACAACAACAGCAAUGCUGCCGCCUACGCACAAAAUCCUCAAAACGAUCCCACCGAUCUCUCCAGCUACGGCCUGCCCGCACAUUUGGCAGCCGUAGCGGCUGCUGGCCACUACGGUGGUGGUGGUGGUGGCGGUGCUGCUGCUGGCGGUGGUGGCGGUGGUGGUGGCAACUCUGGCCCUGGUGCUGGCGAUGAUAACGACUAUCACAGCACACUAUCGGCGCAGGAGCAUCAGAGUCAGGGCUCGAGUGCUGGCAAUGGCAGCGGCAGUGCCGGCAGCUCUGGCUAUCUGGAUGGCAGUCCCGAUUUCUAUAAUUCCUAUAAUCGUUCACGCUUUUCCGAUCCCUACGGCACCGAUUUCACGCACUACGAUACCACACAGUUUCAGGGCAUGGGCGGUCAGCCCGGCAUGGAUCAAUGGGGCGCACAUCCACACCACAAUCCGGCCGCUUACAUAAGCACCUUGGGUCUGGAUAAAUCCCUACUCGGCGGCUAUACGACCCAGGGUGGUGUGCCAUGCUUCACGGGCUCGGGUCCCAUACAGCUGUGGCAAUUCCUGCUGGAGCUCUUGCUCGAUAAAACGUGUUCGAACUUCAUCUCCUGGACAGGCGACGGCUGGGAGUUCAAGCUCACCGAUCCCGAUGAGGUUGCUCGUCGAUGGGGCAUACGGAAGAACAAGCCCAAAAUGAAUUAUGAGAAGCUGAGUCGUGGUCUCCGAUAUUACUACGAUAAGAACAUUAUACACAAGACAGCGGGCAAGCGCUACGUCUAUCGCUUUGUGUGUGAUCUGCAGAAUCUGGUCGGACACACGCCUGAGGAGUUGGUGGCGAAAUACGAUUUGAAAAUCGAGAAGAAGGACAUCGAUUAGCAGCGAUAUGGAAGCGAUCGAAGCAGCAUUACACCGAGUGUGGAUUCUUUCAUGUGUGCUUAGUUUUGUGCUCUGACAACACAAUUGUUUUAGCUUUUCAUAUUGGCAAAGCUGAAUAUAUACAUAUACUAUAUAUACUAUACAUACAUAUACAUACUAUAUUUUUAGCUUCAGAGUUUGUUUUCCAUGCGUGAUGUUAAAUUUUAAGCAGCAUAACCUGCGAUCUUACGACGAGAUUAAAGUGUUAAGCGCCCAAUAAUGUGUAAUGUGUAAAAAGCAGAGUAGCCUUUUAAAUUAAUUUGAAAUUAAUUUAAAUAUUCGCCCCUAGCCCUAAGUAAUUAGCCAUUACCCCUAACUCUAAUUUUAAGCUUAAGUCGUUAGCAUUGAUACUAUACUAUAUGAAGGAAACCAGUUCAAGAUACAACAGAAACGGAUUGAA